AUUAGUUCUAAAUUUUUAAUUAAUUGUAAUAUACAUAUAAAAAUGUUUCGCUACUGGGUCGGUAUUUUGUGUGGCGUUUAUUUGGCGGGACAAUGUAAUGCAAAUUACUGCCGGGACGCGAACCUGUGCUGUCCCGGGCGGGAUAGCUCGUGCGUGGUACAAAAGGCCCAUCAGAACGCGAUAAUAGAGGACUUGACGGAUAAACCGUGUUAUUGUGACCACGCUUGCUUGAAAUUGGGUGAUUGCUGUCCCGACUUUAGAGAGACUUGUGGAGUCUUAGAUUGCGUGGUGUCAGGAUGGGGCGAGUGGUCAGAUUGCGACACGACAUGCGGCUCCGGCAGCAUGGUGAGGAGCCGAAGGGUCAUGCAAGCGCCUGCGCACGGUGGUCGGCACUGUCCUUCGCUCGUGCAACGUCGGGCAUGCCAAGCGCACCAUGGCUGUCUACCGGAUAGUGAUAUUCCUUUACGAGAGGAAUCAGCGAUGAUUCUACCAGGAGGUCUGUCAGUGAGCCGCCAUUCGAAUGAAACUGUCGACAUCAGAAAGAACUUGCGCUUGAGAAACCCCGACGAUCCAGAAUCCAAUUCACAUAGAGAAUAUUGUGUGCAGUUUGAAGUAACGAAAGUGUCUAAAGCCUGUCACACCGAUUCCGAUUACAAGCCCUUACGUGAAGGUGGUACAGUUUGCGUGAUGUGUGAAGCAGCAGCUCUCCGACGCGACCUCAACUGGCGGUGUGGUGGUCACGGCGUGAGUGGUCACAGCACGCGUUUCUACGCGCUGGUGGCACCACACUGUCACGGAAAAUGGAUACGUGCCAAGGAAAAUCCAGAUAGAAAGAGCGAUUGCUGUUCUAAUCCUGAUUUUAUUUUCGUAUAAGAUAGUUUGUAUAAUUGUGUAUGAUGUAAUAAUAAGUAUUUGUUAAGGAUUUAUUGCUAAAUGUUAUUAAAUUUCAUCCCUGAUGAAAUGAAAUGAUUUAAAACACAAUUUUGUUCCGAUAUAUUUUUCCUUUAUUCUGAAGUCUCACACGUUGAUAAAAAUAAAGUAUUUUAUGUAUUGCCGCGCUUUCAAACAAUACGAAUUGUAAACAAGAGUUUCGUUUUGAUAAUAUCAUUGACAUAAACUGUUUCUGAGUUUGCAGAUGUAAAAAACCUUUGGUUCAAAAUAAACACAGUUCGUACACUUUACAAUUAAAGGGUCAUAUAAAUACGUAAUGAGUGAGAAGCGAAUAUAUCAUCGAAUUAUCGGAUACUUUGUGAUUAUUUACGGUAAGUUGUAACUUUCUGAACUCGAAAUAAUACAACGUAUUUACCAUUGGAACGAUGAUUGUACUCAUUCAAAUAAAAAAGAACUGGUUAUUUUUUAUUGUCAUUAAAAGUGUAUCCAAUUUAAGCUUUAUAGCCUUUGCAGAGCGAUUCUGUACGAAUUCACUUCGUAUCUCACUCGAGCAACAUCGAUAACCGAAUUAAAUGAUACGCCAUUUUGAUACGUGUAUCCUAUAAAUGUUAUAAUUAUCAAAGUCACAUAUCACAUUCAGAUAUUUUAUGUUCGUGUACAGUCGUGAGUUUCGAGUUUAUCUGAAAUAUUAUAAUGUCCUGAUGUAAUAGAAGUGAUGAAUAAUUAAGAGAUUUUUCAGAUUCGUUAACGUUUCUUAUCACUUGGAAACGCAUUGACUGUUUCAGAAAAUCUUUGGUCGUUCUUUAUUAUAAAGGACUUUAAAAUAAUUUACAUAAGCACACUUUCAAACUAACUUAAUCUGUGUGUAACAAUGACUAGUUCUAUAUGAUAUACGAAUGACUAAAAAUAUAGGAAAAUUAACCGACGAUAAUUUUGUGUUAACAAUAGAUUAUAUGUUCCAUAUUUGAAUUACUAUUUUACCCGCUUUACAAUUUCAUAUAACGAAUUUGAUAAACGAUUUUGAUAAAUUUAUCAAUCGAAAUUCGUUUCUAUUAUCAUUAUUUAAACUGAAGGACACAUAUUCAUACACAACUAUUGUUUCCUAAUAAGAAGAAGGGUUAAGAGUGUCUUCCACCCAAUAUAUUAUAAUUUUCUUUACACCCAUCAAGAAAAGUUUAAAAGUUUGCCCGACUGGAUUCAUCAUCUUAUCAAAUUCUACAACAGUCAUUGUUUUACACUUCCAAAAACAUCAAUUAAAUAAUAAACUCCGACAUAAUUGAAGCGUCAUAUUACAAUUGUACACCACAUCGUUACGCUCAAAUAGCAUUCCGACCGAAUCAACAAUCAAGCUGUUUGUGAAGAUCAAAUUAACGGCAGUUAAUCAUUAAUUAAUUAAUUAAUUAGUCUACCAAACUGACCUAAUGUAAUUGACCACGAAGCAUGUUUUAGUAAUCUGAUAGCUUGAAACUACAAAUAUAUGUUGAUAUAAAAGCGGUCAAGCGUGAAUUUGCUUCUGCUCAAGGUCAAUUAACGUUUGAAUUCUGUAGGCUCGUUCUAAAAGGGCCUAUAUCAAUAAACCUUUGCUAAUCAGAAUAGACGCAAUGAACAUACAUUGAUUCUUUUAUAUAAAACACGUGUAUACCUUUUUGCGUAAUUAUUUUGAAAGAUAGAAGGGUACAAAAAAAUCAACAUCAAUACGCAUAGCAAAUUAUGAUAAACUUCGAAAUAGAUGAUAACUGAUAUAAUUCAUGAUAAAAAAAAAACAAUAAAUAAAUUUGUUAAUAUAUACUAUGGUUAUAGUAACUAAGUAUAUGUUACACAAGCCCGCAAACGUAAGGGAGACUCAUUUUGCGGCCGUGGAGAGGAAUCAUGAAAGUAUAAAAGAACGUCGUACCGUUUACCGUCACGGAAUACGAUUCGGUCUUCCCAAGGCGUGCCGAUAGAUACUAAAUUAGGUAAGUAUCUCGAAUUCCGAGUUGAACAACUAGGAUGACUGAGCUACUUAGUUAUUAAUGACACAAGCGAUUAAUGACACUCACUAAUAACAUAUUCAACAUAAUAAAAAUCAAAAGUGCCAAUCAUUUACAUAUGUACAUACAGGGUGAAUUAUUAAACGAAACUUGGGCAGUUUGUUAAAAGAUCAGAUACGAUUAUCUUCAUUUAAGAUUUUACUCCAUAAGAUUAGUAUGAACUUCAAAAUUGGUACCAAAUUAAUUUCAUAAUUUUUAAAUUGUAAAUAAUCUAAUCAUUAACGAUAUAUUUUAAGUUACUAUGUACGAAAUUAAAGCUUAUUCCAACGAAAUAAAGUAACGAAUAUCUCAAAUGAUUCGCUAAUAGCACUCCUAUAUACAAACAGUUAUUUAUUUAUAAUUCAACUCAAUUCCACUUAACUAGUUAUGUUUUAAUUUUACUUCCAAAGUUCUGAUAUCAAGGUUGCCAUUAAAAAGGCAACUUUGCCAACCCGUAAUGAAUAUCCAAUAUUCAAAAUCUCGACCAAUGAUACCCCGUCAAUUCAUUGUUUAAUAGCUUAAAUUUUGUUUAUUCGUUCUGUGAUUGGAAUAAGCUAUAACUUAAAAACCAAUACUUAUUUCUACUUAGCUACAGUGUUAGACUAGUUUGAUAGAUAUAUAAUAAUAAUAAUAUUUUAAUGAUAAAAAAACAAGACUAUGAAACAUGUGAAGACAUAUCUCUGACGUAUGUUGUAAAUAAAUUAUAAUAAAUGC